AUGACACGCCUCCUAGCACUGCUGCUCAUUGCACACGGCGCCGCCGAGUGGGUGGAGAUCUCACAGCAACACUACAGGAAGCCCAUCAGAACACAUACUCACUUCACGUCCGACAAAGUGAUAGAUGUCGAAGAUACUACUACUCCUUGGAACUACAACAACCACAGUGUAGUUGAGUACAGCUGGAACAGCAGUCCUUCUUCACUUAACAUCGGCAACGUGAAGCGCUUGCAACAUGUGGAGACUACUACAAAAGUAAAUAAAAGACUCAACCUGGAUGAUGAUGAUAAUGAUGACCUCGAAUUAAAUAUCGAUUUUAGAAACUACGAACUUGGAUCCACUAAACCAACUACAGAAUUAAGUAAACCUGAUAAGCAAAAAGGUACAAUUGAAAGAGUUUCCAACCUUGGUAACAUUAAACGGGUCCAGUUGAAAAGCAGCCCUGUAAAAUCACCUGCUAUCUACAACAAAGUAGGUGAAGAAAUCUAUUUUAACAACCACCACGAGAAUGGAGCAUACAGUGACAGCGUUCACUCAGCAGCAGACGAGCUUGAUGGCGUCAAAAACUCAGAAACUUUUCAUAGAAAAGUUUACAUAAGCAACUUGAAAAAAUAUAGCCCUGACCGGCUUGCUACAUUUCCACCAGACGAAGAUGAAAUAAUUACAUUGAAUGUGGACGCUACACCUAUAAGUAACACGGACAGAUCAAAAUCUCAUUUCAAAAAUCACACUAUUGUGAGGAAUUUUUAUUCUACAAAGCCAACUUUUAUAACUGAAACGGAAGAUUUCACCAAUUACGAAACUGAACAGGAUAGGUUUUACAGAAUUAUCAACAAAGAAUCCACCGAAGUUUACAAGAAAGAUAACGGUGCAACAGAAAUUAUAAACACGAGUGAAGACAGGCGACCCAAACCUAAUACAAAAUCUACAACAGGGAAAGUUAAUACGUCAAAUGAAAAGUUCUAUAAUUUUAAAGCUGAAUCAGACGUCAAUAAUGUCUUUGAGAAUAAUGAAAACGUUUCAUCAGUGAUUAGUAGUGAUGUUAAAACAAACACAAAGGACCCAGAUUCACCACCUCUCCAAACAGACCAUAAAAAAAAAGAAAUAAAAGACAAAAAAGAUGGAACACUAACCAACACAGCAAAAAACGAAAAUAAAGUGAAUGCAAUCGAAAACUUAAUAAACUUCAUGAGAGUGGUUGCUGACACUAUAUCCAAGAACUCGCGAAGAAAUUUCAAUGGAAAGAUCCAGUAUUUACAUGAGCUGAAGGAUACAAUCUUAAGUAAUAUCGAGGACCGUAUAGAUGCGACAUGGCCAGACGAUGACAGUGCGGGUGCGCGACGUCGGUCACGGUCUGCGCACGCGACACCCCGAGGCCAUGUCCACUUCCCUUCUUCAGAAAGUGCCCUCAUGACCAUAUCUUUCUUAACUUUCGCCGUUUUCCUCAUCAAAUUGGUGCUGCAAGUUAUCCACACGUACAAGAAUAAGGCGAUGAUGGUAGCCCCGCUGCUAGUGGCCUCCGGGCGCAACGUGUUCUCCGACCGUGGAUGA